AUGCGAGUAGGACAUCUUUCUUGUCUUCUGGCAUUUGGUUUGCUGGCUAGAGGAGCAAUCGUGGAAUAUUAUGAACCAAUAGUUACUUGUCCUCUUCCUAAAUGCAAAUGUCCUUCGAAAUACAGGGCCGCUGCACCUGCAGUUGGAUUCGCCCUUGAGCUCAGCUACGGAACAGUAUCAGUCAAAUAUAAUAAUGGUACCAUCGUUCCUGUAGCCCAAGUUCCAGGUUCAUCAGAAUACAUCAGCCUGAUGGCCCAUUUUGCAACAACACCGAUCCAAAGAAUGUUUGACGGUAGCAGGCCACCACCAGGCGUCGACGCAGACGACAUCUCAACCAGAAAUGUGUGGAUUCGAUUUCAUAUCGUCAGAUUCCUCAAGAAACUCUUAUGGCAACCCGCGACUCCAGAAGUCAAGAUCCUGGCAGGCAUGGUAGCGGCAUUACGACGAGAAGCUCAAGCUUUUUUUGCGACAGCGUGUAAGAGGCGCUGCGAUAUCAUCGCCAGAUCGCGUUCGUCUAACGAAGCAAGAGAUAGGAGAUAUUUUUGA